CUCGGAAGCGUUUCGGUGUGGGAAGCAGAAGGAUGUCUCUUCAGUCGGUGCUGGUGCCUCUCUUCAAACUGUACUUAUGCGGAAUUAAAGUUCUUCUCUACCAAAUUUUCAACCGCUCCUUUACGCUCCCAGGUUCUCGAUAAGAGCAUCACCCUGAUGGACUUUUUACCUAAGGAGCCAAUGGAGGGUAAAAGUUCAGGACCUUCGUGCUCAGGCCUCAAUCUGGUCGCACACCCACGUGCCAAAAGCAAAGUGUGGAAGUACUUUGGCUUUGACACAGAUGCAGAUGGCUGCAUAUUACACUGGAAAAGGAUUUACUGUCGUGUAUGUAUGAGCCAAAUUGCCUACUCUGGAAACACCUCAAACUUGUCAUACCACCUUGAAAAGAACCAUCCCAUAGAGUUCAGCGAGUUUGUGAAAAGCAACACAGAUCAGAUGCGUGAAGCUUUUGCUACGGCGUUUUCUCGGAUAAAGACUGAGCCUACAGUUUCACAGCAGCAGUCCCAGGAAACCUAUUCAAGGCAGAGCUUAGACUCUGAAAACAAACGACACAAUGAUUUGACAGUAGCUAUUAUCAAGUUCAUUUGUGAGGGGUUAUAUCCUGUAUGUACAGUUGAAGAGCCUACGUUCAAGAGUUUAAUCGGUAUUGUCGACCCUGGAUAUUCUCCUCCAAGCAAAAGUGACCUCGCAGGCAAAAUGGUUCCUGAAAUGUACUGCCGUACCCAAAAUGUGGUCUUUAAUGAGCUUAGUGGAGUUAUGAAUUGUGGCAUUGCUACAGAUCUGUGGCAAAGCCAAACACAAAACAGAACAUAUAUUUCACUUUUUGUGCAUUCGAUCAAUUACAACAGUGCAUCUGGCUUCUCGGUGACCAACAAAUGCCUUAAAACCUUUGAAGUACAAGAGGACAACAAAGCUGAGAAUAUCACCAGAGCCAUGUAUGAAGCCUUUGUGAAGUGGGGGAUAACUCAUAAAGUCAUUGGGGCUACCACAGAUGGUUCGGUGGAUGUGGUGAAAGCAUGCUCCCUCCUGGAUCUGACAGUAGAAAUGCCCUGCCUUGGGCACACAAUCAAUCAUGCAAUGGCUGAAGCCUUCCAGCUGCCACGAGUGAGUGGCUUUUUGGGAUGCUGCCGCAAGCUUGUCGAUCAUUAUAGAGAAUCUGCAAUGUAUACAGAAAAGCAGAAGCAACACGGCCUUGCUCAGUGUACACUCAUCGCAGACCAGGACAGGUCAUGGUUUGGUACAUUGGCAAUGCUACAAAGACUGAAAGAGCAACAGGCUGUUAUAAGUAUGACACUUGUAGAGAGUUCUAGUAGCCAUCAUUUCACCUUCAGUGGUUCUGACUGGGCCUUGUUGGAGGGCUUGAUUGAAGUCCUCCAGCCCUUUAAAGUUGUGGCAAACAUGAUCACUUCUUGUAAGUAUCCAACCAUUAGCAUGGUGAGACCUGUCCUUCAUAUGCUGCUGAACACCACCCUCAAAAUUAAGGAAGGGGAUCUCAAAGAGAUCAGCAUGAGCAAAGAGAUCAUCUCCAAGGUCUUGUCAAGCACAUAUUCACAGAAUUCACAGUUAUCCCAAGAGAUCGCAACAUUCCUCAACAUUGCUACAUUUUUGGAUCCUCGUUAUAAGAAACUGCCUUUUCUUUCCACCCAAGAACGCUCCAAAGUUGAGAGUAUUAUUAUCGAAGAGGCCAAAGCAAUCCUGGAGAAGCAGAUUUCGGAGCGACCGUGCCUUGAUGAUUUUUCUUUGGUGUCUGAUGAGCCACCUUGCAAAAAACAGGGACUAUCGGGUGAAUCUUCUGCCAGCACUUCAGUUCAAGACAACCCUCUGGCUGCCAUAUUUUGCCAGUCAGAUGCAGACCAGAGCCAGGAGGAGCUACAUGCUCAAGUAGUAGAGGAGCUGAGCAACUACAAGUCACAGAGGGUUCUAGGUCUGAAUGAAGACCCUUUGCUUUGGUGGUCGAACCAUGCACCUUUGUUCCCCACACUUCCUAAGGUGCUCCAGAAGUAUUGGUGCGUUCCUGCCACAAGUGUUCCUUGUCAUAGGUUGUUCAGCUCAUCAGGUACUUUUCUUUCUGGGAAAAGAAACCGCAUACCUUUAGCUCUAGUGGAUAUGCAGGUUUUCCUGUAUGAGAACUCUCGGAGCUACUAUGAGCCUGAACCCUGUGAGGAUGAAUUUGAAACUGUUUUGGAAACCAACUCUAGUUUGGCUCAGCACUAAAGUGACUGAGGUUUUAAAGAACUUUAUUUACUUUGCUAUCUGUAUUCUUUGUGUGUUUACUUGACAGAGGUUCUAAAGGCUGAAAAGCCACUGGUGGCAUAAAGGGACAACUUUUUCAGCCUUUAUAACAUAUGGGACACAUUAGCUUUUAAGUUAACUGCUGUAAACACAUCUCUCCUUUACGGAGCAGAUGUCCUUAUGCAUUCAAACUCUGCACAGAAACUCUAUUGUAUUAAAAUGAAGUGGAAGGUUACAGAAGAAAAAAAGAUUUAUCGUUUAUGUAGCAAUAUUGUGUUUUGUCUUUAUUAUAAAUGUGU